AUGAUCAGUACGGGCGACCUUGAGGAGUUAUCUAGGAUGUACUGCGCUCAGUGCGAGCAAACGCUUCAUCCGGGUGGUUGUGUACGUGCAGGUGUCUGUUCUAAGAGUCCAGAAGUGGCUGCCAUCCAGGACGCCAUGAUUUACGGUGCUACGCUGUUGGGUGGCUUUCAGCUUGAGGAGGACCACGUUCUUAUUCUGCAGAGCAUAUUUGCUACUCUUACUAAUGUCAACUUUAGCGCAGUGGACCUUCGUACGCGAUUCCUUGGCCCUACCGUGUCCCGUUUGGAAGCUCUUUCCAAGGAGAGUCCUUCUCAGGCUAUGCUGGAUUAUCUAGCACUUGCCAAGCGUAUCCUUACAGAGUCUACGGACAGCUGGAUCAAGGCCUGCCGCUCUACUCUGGCUCCGGAUUUUCUCACUCGUAAGUAUGGCCCUACAUCUGCCGGGCUUCGUUAUCUCACUCUUCUAGGGAUGAAAGGGCUUUGCGCCUAUGCUGAGCAUUGCUACAAGCUCCUUUCCUUCAACAAAGCCCCUCUUACGGAGCUUCACGAUGCAAUGAGGUCUGCACUUACCGACCUCCAUGGGGCGCUUUUGGACGACGAUCUUACCACCCAGGACCUUCUGUCGCAUGCCCUUGGGAUCGGAAAGGCCAAUCUCUCUGUCACUGCCCUUUUGGACAGACUCCACGCAGAUACGCUGGGCGUGCCUACCCUCUGCUCGGUCCCAGUGCGCAUGUGCCCAGGCAAGUGUGUCCUCAUCACAGGGCAUGACAUGGUAGACAUGCUUCUUCUCCUUACUGCGGCUCAAGAGAAAGGAGUCAAUGUCUACACGCACGGGGAGAUGUUCCCAGCAUACACAUAUCCUCGCCUUCGUAGUUUCUCUUGCUUUAAAGGUCACUUUGGCACUGCCUGGCAGAAUCAGCAGAAGGAGUUUCCGCUCUUCCCGGGCCCAAUCGUUUUUACAUCGAACUGCCUCAAGCCACCUCUCCCAAGUUAUCGUGACCGCGUGUUUGUCAUGGAUUGCGUAGGCUUUGAUGGUGUCAAGACUGUCAACAACCUUGAUUUCAGUGAAGUGAUAGACUGCGCAUUGAACAAUACAGGCUUUGAGAAUGAAAAACACUGCAGAUCUGUGGAAGAGAUGAUCACCACGACGGGUCUAGAGGCAGAGGGCUUCCGUGCAAGCGAGAUACGUGGUGCUGGGUUCAACCACAGAGUUCUAAAGCAGCCUGACAUCCUUACCAACGUGGUCAAUUUGAUCAAAACAGGACAAAUUACGUGUAUACAGUUCAACGGUGGAUGUGAUGGGGCCUCGAAAGAUCGUAGUGUUUUUUCGAAGAAGGCUCUUCAGGCGGAUCAAAAGACGCUCAUCCUCACCAACUCGUGUGGCCGCUUCCGCCUCAACCGCCUUCAAGACUAUGGAGAGAUCAAUGGCAUUCCGCGCUUACUUGAUACAGGCCAGUGCAACGAUUUCUAUUCUCUGGCACAGAUUCUGAUUGACCUCUCAAAAGCCCUGGGAUGUAGCCUGAAUGAGCUCCCUCUCCAGAUCUAUGUUUCCUGGUUUGAGCAGAAGGCAAUUGUUCAAUUUCUCACGUUUUUGCACCUUGGUGUUAAAAAUAUCAAGUUGGGCCCCUCUCUUCCUCUCUUCCUCACAGACGAGAUUCUGCAAUUCCUAGAGGCAAACUACGGGGUUACAAAGAUAACGGCUGCCUGA